GUUGUAGUGAAGAGAUCUUUCAGAUAACACAUGUGAUAUGCUUCGACUGUUUGCAUCAGUACCGCUUCGAUGUAUUGCACUGCGAACAAAGCUUCUCUUCGUUGACGUUCCAUCACGUUCAUAUUAUUGGACAACUUCGAAGUUUUGGUCAUCGUCAUCAGCAAUCUCGGAUACACUUCUCAACACGCGAGCAUAUCGUCCGCGUGAUGAUCGUGUGAAGCAAAGAAAAGACUCUGAUAGAGAGAAGGAUUCUUCACGAAAACCUCGCCCUCCAGAGCGGAAUCAUCCCUCAUAUCGUCCUGAUGGCAAGCAAAGCGGUGAGAAUGAGAGUGGCAAAAAUGGCGGAGAUCCCAAAAAUGAGCUCGCCGCGAAGCUUAGGAAAUUCUUUGCCAUCUCUCUUUUCGCAUACGGAGUUCUCUACAUGCUCACUCAAUCAACUUCCAGCCCAAAAUCUGAUGGGCCUGUUGGUACUGAGCCCAUAAGUUGGAGCGAAUUUGUCAAUCAUGUGUUGCCCACCGGCCAGAUUCAAAAAAUCAUUGUUUUUCCUGAGAGAGAUACUGCCUUCAUCUACACCUACGCUGGAGCGAAGACGCGUACGGGUGGAAAUAUGGCAUCAAUAUACCGGCUGGGAAUUCCGAGUUUGACAAAAUUCGAAGAAGAAGUGCGGGCUGCAGAGUCUGCCGCCCACUUACCGCCGGAAUACUGGACGCCCAUACAGUAUCGCCGCAUGGAAGCUAUAGGACAAUGGCUGACUUUCAUCCUCGUUAGCGGUCUCGCCAUUGGUGCGUACAUGUUAUUCCGAAGGUUCAAAGGCUCCUUCAAUAUCACUGAUAUGAUGUCCAAUAUAACAAAAGGGAAGUACACUGUCAUUGACCCGCACAGUCCCGAAGGAAAGAAGCAACUCAGAAUCAAGUUCAAGGAUGUUGCUGGUUGCUUUGAAGCCAAACAAGAAAUCAGUGAAUUCGUUGACUACCUCAAAAACCCGAAUAAAUAUACGAAAUUGGGUGCGAAGCUACCCCGUGGUGCAUUGCUCACCGGUCCUCCUGGAUGUGGAAAGACUCUCAUUGCGAAAGCUUUGGCAGCUGAAUCGACAGCCCCAUUCAUCUCAAUGAAUGGGUCCGAGUUCGUGGAAGUCAUUGGCGGACUUGGUGCAUCUCGCAUUCGUGGGCUGUUUAAGGAAGCGCGCUCUAGAGCGCCAUGUAUAAUCUACAUCGAUGAAAUAGACGCCAUAGGAAAGAAGAGAAGCGAAUCAAAAGGAGGCGAAUUCGGCGGUGGCUCAAAUGAAGAAGAACAAACGCUGAAUCAGCUUCUGGUUGAAAUGGAUGGAAUGGGAAGUGGCCAGGGUAUUGUUGUUCUUGCGAGCACGAAUCGCCCGGAUAUUUUGGACAAAGCUUUACUGCGACCUGGUCGAUUUGACCGUCACAUAAAUAUAGAUCUGCCUACAGUCAUUGAGCGAAAAGAAAUGUUCGAUUUGUACCUGAAGAAGAUCAAACUUGACCACCCUUACAACAAAUUUUCUCAUCGUCUAGCCCAGAUGACGCCGGGUUUUACUGGCGCUGAUAUUGCUAAUGUCGUCAACGAAGCUGCUAUACGAGCUGCCUCCACGGGAAAGCAUGUAGUCUCUGUUAACGAGCUUGAGUACGCAAUGGAUCGGGUUCUAGCCGGUGCCGAAAAAAGAUCACGCUCGUUAGUCGAAGAAGAGCGUGAAGUUGUAGCAUAUCAUGAAGCUGGGCACGCACUGGUCGGGUGGUUAUUGAAACACACUGAUGCUUUGUUGAAGGUAACUAUCAUACCACGCACUUCUGCUGCUCUUGGUUUUGCCCAAUAUAGUCCAAGAGACCAGAAGUUGUUUACAAAAGAAGAACUGUUCGAGCGUAUGUGUAUGAUGCUAGGUGGUCGCGCCGCCGAAAACAUCAAAUUCGGAAGAAUCACGACUGGAGCUCAAGAUGAUCUCAAAAAGGUGACAGAAUCAGCUUACAAUCAAGUGAAACGGUAUGGAAUGAGCAAGGUGGUCGGUCCAUUGUCGUUUCCUCCCAAUGACGAAUUGAAAAUCAAGCCAUUUAGCAAAAAGUUUGCCCAUGUAAUGGAUCAGGAAGCAUCAAGCUUGGUAGCUCAAGCGUAUUACGCCACAGAAGACCUUUUGAGGAAAAACGCAGAUAAGCUGGAAACGUUAGCUCAAGAGCUUCUGAAAAGAGAAGUGCUCAACUACGAUGACGUCAAGAUUCUCAUAGGACCACCUCCACAUGGCGACAAAUACGUAGUAGAGUUAGUAGACAAGGUUCUCCCUAAGGAGGACAAUGUUAUGUAAAGUUGUUACAAAUUGUAUAUAUUUGGAUAAAUGUACAAAUAAAUCUUGAUCUCUUGA